AUGAGGCACCUGCGAAGCCAUUGGGAAGACUGGGAAGAUUGGAAAGACUGGGAAGAUUGGAAAGACUGGGAAGAUUGGAAAGACUGGGAAGAUUGGGAAGAUGGGGAAGAUGGGGAAGACUGGGAAGACUGGGAAGCUCAUCAAAUAGAAGACGGUGGCUGGCGGCUACCGGGCCAACGUCUCCAGCCAAUCGUUCGAGGCAGUUCACCGGAUCCUCUCGCUUGGUCGGGAGGAGUCGGGUUGAAAAUUGGCUUUACUGUCAAGCUUGGAAACUAA